UUGUUCAUCAGCACAAACAUGGUUAUUUGUGUGUGUUUGCAUGCACAGAUGGCGGAGCUGUUGGCCGCCAUGGAAAAGGUGAAGCAAGAGUUGGAGUCCAUGAAGGCCAAGCUGUCGUCCACCCAGCAGUCCCUGGCCGAGAAGGAGGCUCACCUGACCACACUGAGGGCAGAGCGCAGAAAGCACCUGGAGGAGGUUCUGGAAAUGAAGCAGGAGGCACUGUUGGCAGCCAUCAGCGAGAAAGACGCCAACAUCGCUCUUCUAGAGCUGUCAUCCUCAAAGAAGAAGACGACUCAAGAUGAAGUGGCUCUGCUGAAGAGGGAGAAAGACCGACUGGUACAUCAGCUCAAACAGCAGACGCAGAACCGCAUGAAGUUAAUAGCUGAUAACUAUGAGGAUGACCACCUCAAGGCCUCCAAUUCUGACCAGACCAAUCACAAACCCUCUCCAGAUCAGAUUAUCCCCCCACUCAUAGACCUCAAUCAGAACCGCAGUAAACUGAAACUGUACAUCAGCCAUCUCACAGCCCUGUGCCACGAGAGAGACCCCCACAUCCUGCAGGACCUGGCCCCACCCUCUGCAUACCACCGCAGCCAACAGGACGCCUGGGAGGAGGAGCUCCAGAAGAUGAGCCCCGAACAGCUGGAAUCCGAGCUGGAGCAGUGUGAACGAGAGAGUGCCGAACUGCAGGAAUACGCAAACUCCGUCCUGCAACAGAUUGCUGAUCACUGUCCGGACAUCUUGGAGCAGGUGGUCAAUGCUCUGGAGGAGUCCUGCUGACCGGACCAGAACACGAAGCCGAGCCCUGCCACCUCCUCCUCCUCCUCUUCUUGCUUCUCCUUCCCUUUCUUCUGUGUUUCACUUGAUUUCACAGGAUUCCAGCCCACAAACUCUCUCACCCUCACCCACAUGCACAAAUCAAAGGACAGACACAUACGGGAAAGACUGACAGCUCACAAGUCAAGUGCACGCUCGGAUUGGCUUCGGGAUGUGGGAAUGGUGGGCUUUCCUUCUGCCAUCCCCUACCACCACAUUCAUCCUCUCCGCACCUUCAGAAUCCUGUUUACGCUCACAUAAACAUGGGGAGGAAGAAACUGACAUAUUAUAAGACAUGUUCACUCAUUUAAUUGUUGGUCUUGGAAACCCAUCCUGCGGGAGGUGAAGUUCUCUCUGUGAGGGUCAGGAAAUAGUCUCCUUAUCUUGGUAUACACUGUUGCCACAGAUUUUAAAAGCUGCAGGAUUUUGAAACCGUUUUGAAGCAAUUUAGAUUCCACCCCCUGCCCCUCUUUUUUUUCUAGAUGCUUUGUUACUGACGUUAAAUUAUGGGUCAUUCGCACAGGGCAAAACUCCUGCACUCCCGAACCAUCUGGUUUCACUCAGAAUUUGGUUAAUGCUUGGGUUGUGCCAGCAGACAGUCCGUGUGGACUUAAACAUACUUUUACCAUCUAAGUCAGUAGCGGGUUUAGAUUACUGAAACCCCCACCAUCUGGGAAUUUACUAUUGACUCGGUUACUGCACGAUUUCCUUCUGAAGUCUCGUUCAUAAGCGUUACGAAACGGACAAUAUGGGUAAUGUUAUCCCGCAUGCACCUGUCACCAGCUAAGGAAACCACAGACCUGGUUUGUGUCUGUUAAAGGUGAGAGGAAGAAAAUUAUUUGCCUUGGAAGUUGUAGGUUUAUUGCUGCUAACAUUUGUCUUUGCAUAUGGCAGGUUUGGAUCGGUUAUGUAUUUCUUUUUUUCUCGUGGCCGGCUCUCUGAUGCCGAGGGCGGUAAAACAGAGGGUGUAUUACCGACGCAGAUGUUGUGGACGCAGAAGUGCCUCAUCAUCAGAGAGCAGCUGCCACACAUCACUGGAAUAGGAAAAUAGGCACCUAUCACUCAUUCCGUACUUUGAAAACUAUGUUGUCUCACACUGGGAUGAAGACUGGCAGUAGUUUCUCAGUUUCCUCAAUUUUCCAAAGCAAAGAGUUGGAGACUACAGAGUUUUUCUUAACGGAUAAGGGCAAAUAAGAGUAUCUGUUUAGAUAAACUCCUCUUUUAUUCCACUCACAGUUUUUGCGGUUGCUUUUUUGAGAUAUCAUCAAGCUUUGAUCACAAGAAUCUUGCAUGUACCGUCAUGCACCUCUCUUUCUCUUUGCUUGGCUUCAUAUCAUCAUCCUCAGAGCUGGGCAUCCCUGUUAGCACAGCCGGCAGGUGUAUCCUCUUUCACUUUAUGGUUAUAUGGGUCUAUAUCCAUUGCCAUUAGGUGUCCGUUUCUGGACCGGCCACAGAAGUGAUAAGACACAACCUCGUUCAACUUGUGAUAAACGUGUUUGCCUCACAAGGCAUAUCUGCCAUUGCUUUAAAGUCCAGAGUCGACUUCCCCUGUGGAUGACACUGGGUGUAACCUGCCCUCUGCUCUUCUCUCUCUAUAUCUCCUCAUCCCUCCCUCAUCCAUGCCUGUGUGUAGUUUAUGGCUCUGAACUGCUGUGCUGUGUUAGUCAUACUCCUCUCUGCACGAUAAGUUGGACAGACAAGACAAACAGCACAAGAUCACAGCGAAUAUAAUCAUCUCUCUCUCUCUCGCACGCUCCCAUAUCACCAUACCACCUCUCCUCGUGCCCAUACACACACUAGUUAUGAGGGAACCUGCCACGUGUUGUUGGGCUAGAUGUUUGCUUCACCCAGAUUUGACUGACCUCUGAGUUGUACUGUGAGUUGCUAAUUUAGCAGCUGUAGCUAGUACUAGUAUAUUGUCCUCUAGAGAUUCAUGUUUGUUUGUCUCUGUGAAAGAUUUACUCUAAAAGAGGGUUUAAGUAGUUGGGUGAAUCUCAUAAAAACAUGUCCUGGUCACAUUGCACCUAAAAUAAGGAAGAAAUAAUAAAAAAAUGAUGUGUUGCAUAAAAAGGAAGGAAACCAAAUUGUACUAUUUUCAUUAAAAAAAACUAAGCAGAUUUUCGCUCAGAAUUUGAAGGCGUAUAAAUGAAGUUUAUUAUUAUUGUAAUUAAUGUCUUAAUGUUAUUUCUCAUUCGACUCUGAUUACAAAAAAAUACUGUAUUACAGUUUGGAAAAAUCCUCCAAAACUCCAAAAUAAUAAUUAAGUGUAAAACAUUUUAUUUCAAUUUACAUGAGAAUUGGAGGAAAAUAUCUUUAAUUUGUCAUUAAACGUAGUCAAAAUGUCUGUUGGUUUGUAUUUUCUUAAAGCAAAAUAUAAUUUACUUAACCUAUUUUGUGAGAUUUCACCCUAAUGGAUUUAUAAUUAAAUUAAGCUGAUUGUGGCCAUGUGUAGCCACUUUAACAACAUAUUCCCACGCUUACAUGCACAAUACCAUGAAAACGCCCGUUCGCGUGCCAAUUCUCACCCUUGGCACCGCAGAUCUUAUUGCAGUCAUAUACGUUGCAUAUCUGUUAAGUGUUUUAUGGUUUUAUGCUCUUAAUUACAGCUGAUAGACUUCCUUAUGAGGACAUAAAUGUGACUAGCAGCUCUGUUGGGAUUUUAAAAUCAAACCGCUGAUUGAUGACGCCCGUCCUGUUUUUCAUCUCUGUCGCUUUCUUCCCAUCUGCUAUCUCGUUCACGCACAAACACAGUUUUGGCCAUCACCCGUGGGUCUCUGAAAUAUGGAGCUCAGUUAUCUGCACCGUGGCUGAAUCUCCCUGCUUAGACUAAACACAGAGCCCUCACGUGUGUGCGCACACACACACAUGCACUCACUAUCACAGGCCCUAUCACAAUUUAUGUCCUUCAGUACAGGAGCUGGCCUCUUACUGCCGCUCAGCACAGAGCACUCUGGAGAAUUCACUAAGAAAACAAAAAGAAGGAACGCUGUGAUAACUGGGAGCAGAUCAGAGAAAGAAUGACCUGGCGCUUUGCAGAGGGUGUUAUUGUGUGUGUUGAGUGAGUGUCUCUCUUGAGCGCUGGUAUUUAUGUGAUUGCUAGUUAUAGGCAGACCUAAUCACACAGAAGAGUUUGGAAAUUCCCUGCAAGCUUUGGAUCACUCUGUAUGUUCAGAGGCUCCCGAUCUCAGCGAUUCCUCCUUGUGUUUUUGAGGAAUUAAGGAGAGAUCUACACCAGCGCUCUCGCUUCAGCAGCUCAUUACCAAAACAGUAGCACUUUGUAUGAAGCCUGUAUCUAUCAAAGUAUUUUGAAUGCAAAUUAAUUUGUAUUCAUUUGUACUGUGUAAUACUUGCUCAGUCAUGUAAACCCUUUAAUGAUUAUAAUGCAUUAUAAAACAAAACAUGAAUUUGGUGUUCAUGUGUUGUUUUUUUAAGCGUGUAACCAUAAGAACAUAAACUGAUAAUAAUUGAAGUAAUUAUUAAGUCAUUAGGAAUACAUUGUAUAAGAUAAAUUAGGCCACUUUUUGAUCUCAAUGUUGAAGAGUGGCCCAAUUCUGUUUAUAUUCUGCAUUAUAACACGACAUACCUGAAUUCAUAUAUAUAUAACCAUAUACAGGCUUUAUAGAGGUGUUUUAUGUUUAUUUUGGUUUUAGUGAUGGUGCAUGGCUGCUUGUAGCAUGAGCUGACUUUCCAUACCUUUUGGCUUUUUUACAUCUACCUGGCUUGAAACUGCGCUCAGCCAUGAGUGAGAAUGAGCAUGAGAUAUUGCUUCAUUGUUCUAGUAUGAACAUUUUUCAUCCUCAUUAAAUUCAUUGAGGCAUGUCUAUGGAGGGGGAGAGAGAAAGAGCAAGCGUGGGGCGGCCAGGCUUCACAUGGGCUGUAAGGACCCGACUGUAUUUUCCAGUCGCUCAUUUUGCUGUCCAGAUUUUAAAUCUGCCCUAUAACAUGAGACAUUUAUCAUAGUAUAUACUUAAAUACUUUUAAAAAAUGGGUUGUUUCAUGUUAUAUGUUAGAAUUCUUAGUGUAAAUUGGUAGUUUUGCCAUCCAGACCUUGACGCAACUGUGAGAACACUGCCAUAGAUGUCUAGUACACACAUGUAUACACAGAAAUCUAUCUUUAUAAAUGUUGAUGGUUGGACCUAGAUUAGUUGAACAAUUUGCACAAGUGUCUGUGAAAGAGAAUAUAUCCGUCUGAACAAAAUGGCUGUCUGCUAUUGAAAAAAGAAUAAAAGAAUGAACUAGUAACACUAACAGUUGUCUUGAAAUUAAAAUUAAAGCAAAAGCGAAGCCUUUCUAAGUUAACGAAGAUUUUCAAAAGUGGUUGAUUGUGUGCUGUUGCUAUCUUCUCUGCAUCUCGUUUGAUUUUGAUUCCAACUCAUCUUACACUUUUGGGACUGUUUGUUUUUGUUUUGCAGUCCUUGAUGGUGUGCAUGAUUGCAAUCUUGAAAACUGCAGCGUGUUUUAUAUUACAAAACAUGUAUGUCUGUUCUUGGGGCGGGAGAAACAUCCAUGACCGUGUUCCGAGUGGACUGAAGGAUGCCAAGACCUUUGCUUGAGAACUGUGAUCCUAAUAGCACUCUGGGUUGCUGGGAAGUCAUUGUUAUUUUAGAUUAGCAUCAUUCGUGUGUUUGCAGCAGAUAAUAACCGUGUUGUGCUGACUGUUUUGGUCAGAUGAUCAGCAUCACUCGACACGAAGCUUCAUUUGUUGUUCGUAGUAAUUUAUUGCACGCGUAAACACACUUAAAAAUUUGAUGGCAUCCUAAGUGGAUUGCCUAUUAAAUUGUUUACUUAUUAACUCAUCUUGAAUUGUCAUUAUUUACCCAAACGGUCCGUCAACACGUCCACAUUUUUCAUGCAUUACUUCCCUCCACUUAGUUUGAUGGACUGAGACUGUUUAAAGCAUGAAACCACAUAAAACAUCCGCUGAAGGAUUUGGCAAGUUUAUGUCCGACUUUCCAUUCUCCAUCCGAGUGAAUUCGGUGCCAAACGAAGCUAGUCUGCUUUAGAAAGUGCCACAAAUAAUAACUUGCCUGUCGUUCAUCAGCAACCAAAGCCAAGUCAUGUGACCUUUUACUGUUUAUAACAUGUUUGUUUCAUAUUUAAACCUUUAAACCUUAAUUGACACAAUAAGAGGUCAAAUCCAAACCAGGCCUGCUGUGCUUGGUUGGCUGCUGGAGUCCAGUUAGAUGAAGCACCAGAUCAGACGCCUCUAUCAAAUGUGUAUUAGAAUCUUUUGAGUGUCUGAGUAGAAUGAAGCAGCAUUAUUCAGGACCUAAUCUUCAUUUCGACUCAGAACUGUGGUGUAUGUGGUAACACAGUCGUUUUCUAGACUCUUGUAAAAGUUCUGUCUGCUUACUUGUAGUUGGCACUCCUGUUUCUUCCUCUGGAUUUUGUCCUAAGAGAGUGUCAGACCUCAGUGUCACCCCAUCCACAUCAUGCUUUCUUGGCUCCAGCAACCCUGCCUUCUGUCACAGUAAGGGUCUAUCUUUUCUAAUGAUUCAUGCUCUUUUUCUACGCAGUACACAGAAACACUGUCAAAAAGGAUUCUCACCCUUCCCCCUUUAAUUUAAUGAGGAAAAAUAAAUGGAAAAAUGUCUACUUUAACCCAAAGCUGUCAUUUUUUUUCUUUUUUUUCUUAUUUUAGUAUUAUCAUAUUCACAAAAAAAGACUGCCUUAUGUAUGUGUGGAAAAGAUAAAUGAUUUCUGUAAAAAGAAAAUGAAAAAUAACAAAAAGGUGUAUUGUAUUCAGCUUUUGCCUUUGUAUGUAUAUAAACUCUGUCAUUCAGUC